GACCCGUACGGCGGCUCCAUGCCGCCGCUGUGGCAGACCGCCACCUUUGCCCAGCCCUCCGCCACCACAUUCGGGGAGUACGACUACACGCGCAGCGGCAACCCCACACGGACCAUGCUCGAGGAGCAAUUCGCCGAGUUGGAGGGGGGCGACCGCGGGUUUGCCUUCACCAGCGGCAUGGCGGCCCUGGCAGCUGUGUGCAAGCUGGUGGGGUCCGGGGACCACAUCCUGGCCGGUGAGGACAUCUACGGGGGCACCAGCCGGCUGCUGGCCCAGGUGGUGCCCGCGGCGGGGGUCGGUGUCACCAACGUCGACAUGACGGACCUGGACGCCGUACGUGCCGCUCUCCAGCCGGGUCGUACCAAGCUGGUGAUGGUGGAGUCCCCCACCAACCCGCGGAUGCAGAUCUGCGACAUCGCCGCCAUCGCCGCCCUGGCCCGGGAGGUGGGGGCCAUCACCUGCGUGGACAACUCCAUCAUGGCGCCAGUGUUCCAACGGCCCUUGGCGCUGGGGGCGGACAUCAGCAUGACCUCCGGGACCAAGUUCGUUGGCGGCCAUGGCGAUGUGACGCUGGGGUUGCUCAGUGUGAAGGGACAGGAGCUGGCGAAGAGGGUGUACUUCUUGCAGAAUGCCGAGGGCGCGGGCCUGGCCCCGUUCGACUGCUGGUUGGCGCUGCGGGGUCUUAAGACCAUGGCGCUGCGGAUGGAGCGCUCCGCCGCCAACGCCGCCGCGCUUGCCUCCUUCCUGGCGGCCCACCCCCUGGUCCGCAAGGUCAACUACCCGGGGCUGCCGCAGCACCCGGGCCACGCGCUGCACUUCCGGCAGGCCAGUGGGCCGGGAUCGCUGCUGAGCUUCGAAACGGGGAGUGUGGAGGCGAGCAAGAUCAUUGUGGAAGCUACACAGCUAUUCAAGGUGACGGUGAGCUUCGGCAACGUGAACUCGCUCGUCAGCCUGCCCUGCUACAUGAGCCACGCCUCCAUCCCCGCUGAUGUGCGGGCCGCGCGCGGGCUGCCGGACGACCUGGUCCGCAUCUCCGCUGGCAUUGAAGACGCGAAAGACCUCAUCGCCGACUUGGACCAGGCCAUGAAGCUCGCCAUGGAGAAGACGGGGUUCCGGCCCAACGCUGGCCCCACCUUCAAUGCGGCGCCGGCGGGCCCCGCCAGCGCUAGUGAAGCUAGCACGAGCAGCAGCAGUAAUGGCGGCGGUGCCAACAGCAAUGGGGCGGCCAUGGCGGCGGUGACUUACAGCUUUAGCAGCAGUUCUGGGGCUGGGAAUGGGAACGGAAACGGAAACGGGAGCAAGGCCCCUCCUGUAUCGCCGCGGGGCUCCCUGACGGGGAUAGUUCCUGCUAGUGAUCGGGAGCAGUGGCUGAUGGACCGGAUUCGGAGCCUGGAGUCUCAGCUGCAGCAGCAGCACGGGAACGUCAGUCCACCUUCACAUGUGCAGUGA